AUGACACUCCUGGAGGGAUCCUCCUGUGCCCGGAAGCCUCCCCCACUCCUCCAUCCCUACUCCUGUGGUCGGCUCAAAUACCAGACAGGGCGAAUCUCAGCUUUUCCCCAAACAUUCCUUGUUCCUGUGGCCCGGCCCAAGCUGGCUGAGGUUACGCAAACAGGAGUGGUGGGGCUCCUCUUGCUGCUGCUCCUGCUGUGGCUGGGCCUCCCAGCGGUCCCCAGUAUGGAGGAUCCAGUCUUCCCCCAUCUGGGGGAGAGCUUGCAGCCCUGGCCCCGGGCCUGCCCCCCUCGCUGCUCCUGUCUCCGUGAGGAGACUGUGGACUGUGAUGGUCUGGACCUGAGAGUAUUCCCGGACAACAUCACCAGGGCCGCUCAGCACCUCUCCCUGCAGAACAACCAGCUGCAGGAGCUCCCAUACAACGAGCUAUCACGCCUCAGUGCCCUUAGGACCCUCAAUCUGCACAACAACCUCAUCUCCUCUGAGGGCCUUCCGGACGAGGCCUUCGAGUCCCUCACCCAGCUACAGCACAUCUAUGUUGCCAACAACAAGCUAUCAGUGGCCCCUCAGUUUCUGCCCCGCUCGCUCCGUGUCGCGGAUCUGGCUGCCAACCAAGUGACAGAGAUCUUCCCACUCACCUUUGGGGAGAAGCCGGUGCUCAGAUCCGUGUACCUCCACAACAAUGAGCUGAGCAACUCAGGCCUGCCCCCCAAUGCCUUCCGAGGCUCUGAUGCCGUCACCACCCUCAGCCUCUCCAGCAAUCGACUCAGCUACCUGCCGCCCAGCCUGCCACCCUCACUGGAGCGACUCCACCUACAGAACAACCUCAUCUCCAAGGUGCCCCGGGGAGCGCUAAGCCGCCAGACCCAGCUCCGUGAGCUCUACCUCCAACACAACCGGCUGACUGACAGCGGCCUGGAUGGCACUACUUUCAGCAAGCUGUCCAGCCUUGAGUAUCUAGACCUGUCCCACAACCAGCUGGCUGAAGUGCCUGCCGGUCUACCCCGAACACUGGCCAUCCUGCACCUGGGCCGUAACCGCAUCCAGCGGGUGGAGGGGGCCCGGCUGCAGGGGGCUCAGGGCCUGCGAUACCUGCUGCUACAGCACAACCAGCUGGGGGGCACGGGGCUCUCCCCUGGAGCUCUGCGGCCCCUGCGGCGCCUGCACACGUUGCAUCUCUAUGGCAACAGGCUGGACCGUGUACCCCUGGCAUUGCCUCGCCGCCUGAGGGCCCUGGUACUGCCCCACAACCAAGUGACCCUGCUGGGUGCUCAUGACCUGGCCGCCAUGCGGGGUCUGACUGAUCUCAACUUGGCCUACAAUCGCCUGGUCAGCUCCCGUGUCCACCGCCGGGCCUUCCGCCCUCUUCGUGCCCUUCGCAGCCUCGACCUGGCGGGCAACCAGCUGACACGGCUGCCCUCCGGUCUGCCCUCCAGCAUCCACAUCCUGCGGCUGCAGCGCAACCAGCUACGGGCCCUAGAGCCUGAGCAGCUGGCAGGGCUGGUUCAGCUGCAGGAACUCAGCCUGGCCCACAAUCAGCUCCAGGUCGGCAACAUCGGUCCAGGCACCUGGCAUGAGCUGCAAGCCCUCAAGGUGUUGGACCUCAGCCACAACCAGCUGUCCUUCAUGCCGCCGGACCUGCCCGAAGCCCUGGAAGAGCUACACCUACAGGCCAACCGCAUCAGCCAUGUGGGCCCUGAGGCCUUCACCAGCACGCCGCACCUUCGUGCCCUCUUCCUCAGGGCCAACAGGCUUCAUAUGACCAGCAUUGCACCAGAGGCCUUCCUGGGGCUCCCACAGCUUCGCGUGGUAGACACAGCGGGUAACCCAGAGCAGGUCCUUGUCCGCCUACAGCCCACAACCCCACAUCAACCGCGGGCAGGUGGCCCCUGA